AUGUGCCGCCUCGUGCUCUUCGCGGGCACCUGCACCCGCUGCAACGAAUCCCUCACCUGGGCCGACCUCUCCCAGCAGCUCUCGUGCCUCGAGGCCAAGAACGCCGACAAGUUCGGCUCGUGUCGGCGUGGCGUCGACGUCGAGACACACGCCUUUGAUCAGGAAUGCGACGCCUGCGCCGGCGAGGACGAAGGCGUUGCCGGUAUGGACUUUGGUGAGCAGGAUUUUCAGCAGUAUCAUCAUCAACAUCAGCAGUAUCAGCCAUACCAACAGUCGUCGUCAGCAGCAGCAGUAGGAUCGUCAUCAUCAGCGUCAAUACCGCAACCCGGCUCGAGUAAGAGGGGCCGGGACGAGGGGGAUGGCAGGAAGAAGAAGAAGGCGAGGACGUGA